AUGGCUACCAUAUCAACAACUGCACAAAACGAAGUUAGCAGUCCUUCACAACUUCCCACCUUCGUUUUUCCCGCAAGAGCGUCUCCAUCAUCUGCCCCCGCAUCAUUCUCAAGAGCCUCAGGUCGACGUCCGAUGUCUAUACCUACAGAAUUGCCAAGUUUCUCCUUCAACUCUUCGACGACGAUAUCUCCAUCGCCCGCAAGCCCUGCGCUUUCUCCACCAAUCUCUCCAUGUUUCGCAAAUUUUGAUCUAUCCAACUCUCCUAGAGCGGCUGGACAUCGCAGAGGCACGAGUGAAUUCAUAGGUGGGGAUGGCAAGGUGGGCUCGAGUGCUGGCUUGAUGAGCACAAGUCCAACUCAAGGAGACAAUGCUUUACCUCCGCCUACUCCGGGAAGACGUGGACAUGCACAUCGACGCUCCGCUGCUGUAUCGGCGCAUGAUAUCAAGAUGAUUUUGAACCCCACCGCCCCAAGUACACCAUCAAUUCCACGAGGAGGGUCUGCGCCAACUUCUCCAUCCAGCAGUGAGAAUCAAUUAGGUGUGCAUGGCCUAGCUAAAUCCGCCAGCAGUGAUGACGCUUCUCCCAUCAAAGCCCUCAAUCGUGCCCGCGUCGGCUUCUCAGAUAACGUGGAAUUCAUUCCCAGGCCAGUGAGCGUGGUUUCUAGUGAUACAUCUAGCACAGUCACAAUGCGGCCGUCUCACUCAGUAUCAAACUCUCUGAGCUCAAUUGUGUCUGGCGGAACCCUGACUCCUCCGUAUAGCCUCAGCCCUUCGAAUCAGGAUCUUCUUGGCUUACCGUCGCCCAAUCUUCGAGGAGCAGAUUCAAGGCCAAGAACUGCAAGUGCGAUUUUAGACCCGAUUAACGACACAACUCAACCAGCAGACACCUGUCCAUUCACCAAACGACGUGGAUCCAUGCCUUUACUUGACGACAUCCAGGCUAUGGCCCCUCCAAGCCCUAGGAAAAAGUGGACAUUUUUCGGACAUGAGCCAGUGUCUGGUAAUUCUUCACCAAGCCGAUCACGCCCUGUUAGUUCGACAUCCAUGGAUAGAGCACCAGAGGCUACCUCAUCCGUUUCCUCGCCUUCCAGUCCCACAUUUGACAUCAUAGACACUCAUCAAAUGCCGUCCAUUGAACCUUCAAGCUCACGUAGGUCUUCAAUCUCAAGGAAAUCUUCCAAGAAACAGAAAAAGGUCAAAUCAUGGGCAGGAUCGAUAUUGUCGAGGAAAUCUCGCAGUCGCGGUCAGAAAAAGAAGGGAGGCCGCCGCUCCGCGACGCCUCCUAUACGUCCUUAUACGGCAAUGAGUGAUUCUGCAGCACUUGCACUUGAUAUUCAAACCUCGCCUAUUCACACUGAAGAAUCUCCCGCCCUUGAGCAACUAGACUUUGCAUCGUGGAAGCCAAGACAAACUUCUCCAUCCGAUGACGAUGCUAUGAGUCCAAUCAUUGACCUGGAUGCCGCUCUUGGUCCUUUUAACACCCCUUCUUCCUAUGGUGCCGAAUGGGAGUCGUCACAAAAAACAUCAUCCAAGAGACGAAUGCACAGUGCAGCAGGCAUGGGUGGAUUUAUUGGACCGGGUAUGCAUUACCAUCGACGAGCCGAGAGUGCUCCUGAGAUGGUUCCAUUUGAAAAUCGUUUCGGCAUACAUCGUCUUGGUAGCAGCUCCACGAUGGCCGACGUUUUUGAAGAAGACGAGGAAGAUGAUGAGUGGGAAGAUACAAAGGCUUCGUCAGACAAAGACUCUUUGACCAGGACUGAUGAUGAUGAUGAUGAUGACCAAAACGCCCUUGGUAUUGACAUCAACGUCGUCGAGGCAGAAGCAUUCAAUUGCGAUGAGAACAUGGAUUGGUCAAUUGACGAAACACGAGGUGUGAAGCGGAAGGGUAGUGGACUUAGCGAAGGUGAACGCAAGGACAUCAGUGCUAGUUUGAAGUCUGGCCACUCCGGUACGUCUUGGAAGGACGAGCGGAUUAUGGAAGAAGAAUCUGUUAGUCCAAUCGAGAUUGCAGACGACUCCAUUCCUCCUAGACCCGAUUCUGGAGCACAAUCCUCGGAAUCUACGGCCACACCACCUUUCCGUCCAUAUCCCGCCAAAGAUCUAGCACCCGUUGAGAUCAAUCCUUUCUCUCUACAGCCUGCAUAUCUUACACCAAACAGUCCCCAUUCGACUGGUCACUCCUCAUUCCCAUCUCCCAGAUCUCCAUUUUCAUAUGAUACACAGCGCAUAUCCACGGCCCCAUCAUCCAUUGCAGAUGAAAACGUCUUCCAGUCAUUAUUGCUUGGCGAGCCCGGACCAGAAUUGAGAAUGUCCGUUGAUGAUGUUCCAUCGUUGACAAGUAGCAAUUCUACCAUGACAAGAGAAAGUGGCGCCAAUCCGGGUUACGUCUUUCGAGAUGGUCAACGUUCGGUCUCCGUUUCUUCUGCUAGUGGUCCAACUCGCAAACGCUCUAGCAUGGCCAGCUUGUCUCGCUUGAUCAGCAGUUCUCAUGGUGAGAGAAGCAAAUUAUCCAUCGAAUCUCGUGCUCCCAGCGAUUCCGAAAUGGAGAGAAAAGAUAAAGGAAGCAAGAGCAAACGAAUCAGUCGUAUGCUUCAAUUUUGGAAGCCCAAGGAGAUACCAGAAUCUACUUGA